AUGCCAUUUUCCCCUAGUGCCACUGCCACCUUCCAGUUUUCUCGUCCUCCGCUCCACCGCUCACUUUCUACAAACUCAUCGCAAAGCUCGAAUUCCGAAGACCCUUCCUCGACCUUGCCAGAAGAUGACAUCCACCCAAUCGAGCUUGUGGUCCAAAGUAUCGUGGGGGAUUCUUUAGACGCAUUAUCAAGCCAAUUAGAAUCAUUGCAAGAAAGCCAGAUCAUUUUGGUGGGGAGACUCCGGAUGUUGGAGCGGAAACUUGCAGAGUUUGAAAGCAAUAUUAGCGUUGUCGACACCAAACGGAUGGUCGAGCGGAUCAAGGCGUUGAAGGCCAAACUUACUGGGAUCAUUGCUACUUUGAAAAUCGUCGAGAAAAGAGUGAAAAGCUCUCUAGAACGUUUGGAAUGA